AUGGCGUCUACCGUUUCCUACGCAAAUAUUGCUGCCAACGGCACUGUUCCAAAAAACGAAAACUCUGCUUCUGAGUCUGAACAAGCUUCGGUGUCUCUAUCUGCAUCCUCCUCUUCGCUAGAGACAGGAAACACACCAGUGUCAGAACAGGCCCAACCUGCUUCCGCUGAAGAACCUGCUCCAGAGCCAGCGAAAAAGGAAAAGAAGAUUUUGGCACCUGCUCCGGUUCCUUCAAAAUCGGCAUGGGGUUCUGCCCCUUCGUCUGUGGCUGACUCUACUGCAGUGGAUGAGCAUAAGUGGCCUACUCCAGACAAGGUGAUUGGAAUGCAACAAACCCAAUCUGCGGCAAACAAGGCUGCUUCUAAGUUCAUUAAGCCUAACAAGUGGGUCCCAAUCAAUGCCAAGGUUGUUUUACCCAGCCCCAGAAGUUCUCAGUAUCUGGGACAUGCGGGCUCUGGUAACCAGCAAAAGAAUAAGAAAAAGAACAAACCUACAAAGAAAAAGACCUCUGCAUCUUCACCAGGCGACGACUCUACAGUGAGAAAGGACGGCAAGCCUUCGGAGAACGGCGAUCAAUCUCACAUCGAGGGUGAGGCGUUGAGAGAAAAUACCGAGGGUGAGCAAACUGAUAGCACUGAUGCCUCGGGCGACCAUCUGCAUUACAACUACAACUACCAUCAAAAUGGUCAGAAGCCUAGCCAAAACCAGAAAGGCUUCAGAAAGUAUAAUCAGAAUGUGACUAGUCAAAGUGGAAGAGCUGGACCCCAAUCUCAACAAAACCGCACACAAAAUGAAUAUUAUCAGCCUUUUGCUUCUCAGUACCACAACUUCAACGGCGCAAACAGACAGUAUAAGCCAGCAGGUGAAAAUGGAUUUAGAAGAAACAGCAGCAACGGAAACAUUCAAAACGGUAACUAUACUGCGAAUGGUUUCCGUCCAAUGGGUCUUCCUUAUGCUUCCCACAUUCCUCAUCAUCCUCAGGCUAUCAUGGUCCAGGGCGUGCCUUAUGGUGCACCUAUGCCAGUUUAUAUUCCUCCUCCAAUCAGCCCCAAGCAAGAUCCUCUGCAAGCUUUGACUCAGCAAAUUGAUUACUACUUUUCUUUGGAUAACUUGAUUAGAGACGUUUUCUUGAGAAAGAAUAUGGGUACUGAAGGCUGGGUCGAUUUAGAUUUGAUUUUGAACUUCAAGAGAGUCAAGAUCAUUGUCAACGGCAUUCAAAACUCCAUUGAGGAAACAGAUGAACAAAAGAAGAUGCUGCUUUUGGAUGAAGCCAUUUUGAAAGCUGUUCAGCGAUGCCAAAACUUGGAAAUUGGUUACUUGAACGGAAAGGAUGAUAUUACUGCUACUGCCACUGAGGUUCAAUUGAGGGUCAAGAACAACUUCGAGCAAUGGUUAUUGUCUGACAUGUGA